CUCAGGCGCCGCCCCUGGCGCCGGAGACGCCAGGGAGGGGGGGGGGUCAAGCGCCGAUCCAAGAAGUCCGCGCGGAGCUCCGAAAGUUCAUGUUUACCUCGUUUUCUGCUCUUUCAGAAUUGGCCAAAAGAUAAUCUCCGUUUCCAUUUUGGCUCAAGGGGCAAUAUUUGCAGCCUCCGGCGAUCCACCUGCGCCAGCGAGCCAGAAGAUCUGCAGCCAUGGGCCGCAUGUAUGGCAAGGGUAAGGGCAUCUCCUCCUCAGCGGCACCGUAUCGCCGCAGGCCUCCCACAUGGCUCAAGAUGAAGUCCGAGGACGUCGUGGAUCACAUCUGCAAGCUUGCCAAGAAGGGCCUGACACCAUCCCAGAUCGGAGUGACCCUGCGCGACAGCUUCGGCGUGCCGCAGGUGAGGUACGUUUCUGGCAACAAGAUUCUGCGGAUCCUCAAACUGAACGGCAUGGCACCAGAGCUGCCUGAGGACCUGUACUACCUCAUCAAGAAGGCCGUCGCUAUCCGCAAGCACCUGGACAAGAACCGCAAGGACAAGGACUCCAAGUUCCGCCUGAUCCUGGUUGAGAGCAGGAUCCACCGCCUGGCCAGGUAUUACAAGCGCGUCAAGUCGCUCCCCGCCACCUGGAGGUACGUGUCCGCCACGGCGUCCACGCUGGUGGCGUGAGCGGGGAGGCGCGCGCGCGCGCUGUCACAGGAGAUGCGUGAGCCAUGGAGAGCUUUUACGGCUGCGAACAAAGAGCAUCGCCAGGCUAGCCAAGAAGGAUCCGCCUUCCCAGAACCGGGAGGGCAUGUGCACCGAUCUUGGGCUUAGGAUGGGCUUGGGCAGGGUCGGCGUAGUUGCGUAGCCCCCUUUCUUCGCCACGUCGCCCAUGCGCGCGCGCCUGCGCCGAGUGCCUCGAGUCCCCAGGUCUUCUGGCGACGCGAGAAGGCUUCUCGCGAUGGACCUUCUUUCGUCAUAUUGUUUCGUUGUUUC